UUAAAACUUUGAUAUUUUCAGAAAUUUAUUUGUAAAAUGGAACACAGUGAUAGCGAGGAUGAAUCCUCUCUUACACAGGAACAAAUGGAGAAACUGGCUCAGCUCCAGGAUCUAACGGGGAUAGAAGAUACAAAUAUAUGUCGAGCUCUCCUGGAGAGUCAGGGUUGGGAUCUGGAGAGUACAGCACGGGAGCAUCUUGGGAUACAAUCCAUACCCAACCAUGAGGAUGAUCCUCCCCAACCUCAAAUACAAAACCAGGCUAGAGAAAUGCCACGGCCUCAAGAACCUAGAGCAGUCUGGAGGCGUCCUGCAGGAUUAUUCAACCUUUUCUUAUUUGUCGUCAGUUUACCUCUACGUAUAUUCACAAGCGGAGUAGACGGAGCUCUUAGUUUUAUUUCAAGUAUCUUCGGUUUCCCACCAAGAAGAUCAGACGCUGUCAUUGAUCCUGUCGGUGAUGUCAGGAGAUUUAGUAACGAGUUCAAUGAGAAGUAUGGUUCCAGUCAUCCUAGUUUCUUUAUUGAUAGCUACGCCAAGGUGCUGGAGGAGGCGAAGAAGGAACUCAAGUUCCUACUGGUUUACUUGCACUCUGAAGACCACCAGGAUACAGACAGGUUUUGUAGGGACACCUUGUGCAAUUCUCAGCUUGUCAAUUUUCUUUCUGAAAACAUGCUGUUUUGGGGAUGCUCAGUUAGAUAUUCAGAGGGAUAUAGAGUUAGUGAGGCAUUGAGAGAGAGUUCGUAUCCAUUCCUUGCAGUUAUUGUGCUCCGACAAAACCGAAUGGUUGUAGUCGGCAGACAGGAAGGUUGGAUUUCUCCUGGUCGGUUAGUUGACUGGUUGGAGAAAACAAUUCGAGAUUUCGAAGCGUUUAUAGUGGCGGCUAGAGCUGACCGAGACGAGAGGAAUUUCAACCGGGAAAUCAGGAGUGAACAGGAGGCAGCCUUUGCUGAAACCCUUCGGCAGGAUCAGGAGAGAGAAAUUGAAAUAGUAGAAGAAGAGAGGAAAAGGUUGGAGCUGGAGGAUAACAAAAGAAAAGACGAGGAAUCAGAGAGAAGAAAACAGGUGGAGGAACAAGACAGAAAAGAUUUACUCCGGCGAAUGAAAAUAGAUUUGGUCUCAGAGAUCCCAGAUGAACCUGGGACGGAUUGUCAGGAUUCUAUCCGGAUUCUUAUCAAAUUGCCGGAAGGGCAAAGAUUAGAGAGGAGGUUCCUACCCUCACAUUCUCUUAAGCAUAUUUACUACUUCGUCUUUUGUCAUCCAGACAGUCCGGACGAGUUUGAUAUUGUGACAAACUUCCCUAGAAGAACUCUGGAGUGUAAACCUUCUCCGGGUUGUCCCGACCCACCAACUCUGAUGGAUGCAGGGUUCGGUAGAUCUGAGAUGCUCUUCGUCAACGAUCUGGACGCUUAGGAUUAUGUAAAUAUUGGGCUAGUUGCAGAAUUCAAUGGUUUCCUUUUAUGUUUCGUUAAAUAUAUAAUUUCACAAACUUUUUGUUGCGGUUUUCAUGUGACGUCAUUUUAGAUUGAUUUACUUUUGUUGCAGAA